CAGAAGUCCAAACAUUGCUGCCAUCAGAAAUGACAGCUGAGGCCACAAAAAAAGAAGACCACGAGGAAGAAAAGUUAGAAGGUGGACAAGAAGAGAAAGAAGAAGAUAAACAACAUCUUAUAUCAGAAAUACCCCCAGAAAUGGACUUUGGGAAACCUACUGAUGAAGAAUUGCUAGCCAAGGUUUGCCCAGAAGCACUGCCUGAACUGAAAGGCAUUAUUGAAUCAGUCGUGACAGUAGAGGAUGACUUUAUCACAGUGGUGCAGACAACAGUUGAUGAGGGCGAAUCUGCUUCUCACAGUGUACGUUUUGCUGCUACCCAGCAGGAAGACAUUGAAGCAGUGGACUCUCAGGCUGAAGAGGAGCUAGAGAUUGAGGAAGUGGUUGACAUUCAAGCUGAGCCGAGGGAGGGCUCCCCAGAAGCUCCUGCUUCACCUGAGAGAGAAGAAAUCUUGCUCACUGAC